AUCGGGGUCACGUGAUACACGAAAUUAAACUUCCGUAAUGAACGAGUCAAUAAUAGCACAGAAGAAAUCAAGCUGAAAAAAGGAUGGAUGACCCUGCUAAAAAGCUUCGUCAGGCCCUGGAAAAGUUCAUCACUCACGUGGACGAUUUAAUUGAAGAGGAGGAUCCCGCAGGAAACGGCUUUAACCGAGAAUACAGAGAACUGAGAGAGCUCGCUGCUCUUCAUAAAGAACAAGAUACAUUUCCCGCAAACUGGGGAAAACAGCCCUACAACACCAAGAAGAACCGAUAUAGAGAUAUCGUACCAUUUGAUGACAGUCGGGUCACUCUUGAAGAAAUUGAGGGAGAAGAAGGAUCAGAUUACAUAAAUGCCAGCUACAUACUGAACAUCCACAAUAAUGAUGCUUACAUAGCAUCCCAGGGCCCUCUCCCGACCACUGUUGACGAUUUCUGGAGGAUGAUUUGGGAGCAGAAAGUCCGAGUCGUACUAAUGGCCUGUAAGGAAGUGGAAAUGGGCAAGAAAAAAUGUGCGAAGUAUUGGCCCUCCAGUCAGAAUGAAGAUGAAUCGUAUGGAAGCAUUAAUGUACAUCUGCAAGAGGAGCAUUGGCUGGCAGAUGAUUGCGUGGAGAGGACGUUAGAGGUGAAGCGCAGUGGUGACCCAGAUCGUCGUAUCGUCACUCAGUUCCAAUACACGGGCUGGCCCGACCACGGAAUUCCCGACGAUAUUGAUGUCAUCCUGACUAUGAUCGCCAAAAUGAGAGAAAUCCGAUCCCACGACAAAAACUUUGCUCCCGUUGUCGUACAUUGCAGUGCUGGAUGUGGCAGAACGGGAACUAUCUGUGCUGUAGAUUACGCAUGGGACGUUCUUAAAUGUGGGAAGUUAGACUGUGAUUUUAAUUUGAAUGAAAUCGUGAAGAAAAUGAGAGAACAGAGGCAAUCCAUGAUUCAGACUCCAGACCAGUAUGAGAUGGCCCAUCGCUGUGUCAGGGAACUAUUUCAGCAGCAUAUAGAGGCACUGGAUGGAAAUAUCUACGCCAACUUUGAACCACAACCUGGAAAUGAUGAGUAUUAUAAUGUGGAGCUAGAUGGCCACACAGACCCCAAUAGGGAAGUAGACCCUUAUGAAAUGGUAGGAAUGGGUCAGAAUGAACCCGCCUUUAAGGUCAGCGAAUCACCCAGGCAAUCCAGUGUUGUGUCCAUCUUAGAGAGGGACGCGUUACAGACGGUAGACAUGUACUCAACCCCGGAGGCUUUAGAGGAGGCACUGCAGGACCUACAGAAAGCAGCAGAGUGUGGUCCUCGAAGAUCCUCAGGCCCGAGACCCGAACUUAAACCCAAACCAGUGUUUACACCAGAUCCAAAAGAAGGGGGGACCCCAACUGGGUAUGAAAACAUUUGUGAUGAUGGGAAAUAUGAAAACAUGAACAAGGCAGAUCAUCUUACAUUCCAUCGUGAAGAAAAAAGUCCCAAAAUUCCCAGAAAAGAGAAACCCAUUCCAAAACCUGAGGAACCUCUAAAGACUGUUGGCUCUGGUCCUGUUUUUGUAGAUUCUGGGAAAGCCGGACCUCAGUUUGUCAAUAAUAAACCAUCAGGCCCUGUAUUUCACCAGUCCCUUUCCUCCAAAGCAGGACCUCAGUUUGAUGUGUCUUCAAAUCAUAGUACUUCUUUUCCACCUCAAGUUAGUUCUAGGGCAGGUCCCCAGUUUGAAUCCCCAGUCAAUAGAAGUUCUGAUCAUCAAGAAUCCAAUAAUGCUAAAUCAGGGCCACAGUUUUCACAGCAGCCUGCAGGGCCAGUGUUUGAGGGCUCUGAUUCCAGCAAGCCAAAGGUCACUCACAGACAAACAAGCACAGGUCCCAAAAACAAGACUGUGAUAACAGUUAGCAGUAACCCCAGGAUUUCUUACGUUAAUAAUGAAAUCAUGGAAGGAAAACCCCCUAGUGCUGUUAAUCCUUCCCGUAACUCUAAUGAUCUACCUUUAGCCAAUGAUGACUUUUAUGAUAAAGCCAAACCAAUGCCUGAUAGUCCCACAAGGAGUUCUCAUGAACCGGCUGUUUAUUCUCAAGUCAACAAGUCGGCCACGUUUUCUCGGAGUUUUGGACCGACUUCCGGUCCUAUUGACAGCACGUAUGAGACCAUCACGGGGGAGAGCUACUCCAAAAGAAGCAGUGACUCUAAGAUCGGGGCCUCUAUGAAGAGUAGUGUUUACUCAGAGGUAGACCCUAGAUGUAUGGACUCUGCCUUUGCCCCACCCAUUCCAAACAGAGGGUACAAAGAAGAGGAACAGAAAGCCCAGCUGCAACCUCAUACCAUUCACGGUCUCACUACAUUAGAAAGGAAAUCUGUGAAGUACUGUGAAAAAGUUACAUACACAACCCAAUCAAAUGAUACACACUAUGUUGAAAUAGACAUGGAUUAUACCGCCCCUACCAAAAGAGCUGGACUUUUUAAAGGUAACAACAAAUUGUCCAACUUGAAGCACAAUAUCAAAGACAAGUUAAACAUCGGGAGCAACAAUGAGGAACUGCAUGUUAUACCUACAAACGUGGUGAAGAAUAGGAUCCGUACCUGGGGACAGACACCAGUCAUAUCCCAGGAUUUAACAAAAGACUCGACAAAAAGCCUGGUGGACCAAAAGAAAAACCUAUUUGGAAAAAAAUCCUGAAAUGAUCCAACAUUGUCUUUCAUACAUUCGUAACAUAUCCUAAGAUAACCAUUAUUUUUGUAUUUUUAUACUAUUUUUUUCUGAAAAUGACUUUGUAUUGUUAUAAACUGUUGCUUGCAAAUUGUGGAAGUUGCAUUGUGUAAAGAUAUUAAUUAACCAUGACAGUUAAGAAUAUUUACACAAAGGCACGCUUUCUCUGAAUUUUAAACAAGUGGAAAAUAUAUGUUCUAGUAAAAAGGUUCAUUGAACACUAUGGGCCUCAAUCAAAGGGUACUUUAAAAAAACCUCUAGUUUGAAAAAUGCUCAUUUCAUGAAACCUUGCUCCAUUUUUCUUAUUACAGAAGAUUCACAAAAAUGAAAAGUAAUAAAUGGAAUACAAAUAAUCAUGAAAUAUUGUUAUAAUCUUUUUUGGAUUAAGUGUUUUUGGACUUUGUAUUUAUUAGCUUUAUCUACUUAGACAAAGAGCUCCUAUUGCUGAAAACCAUUAUUAGAUCCUUAUACUUUGUUUGCCAUAGAAAUAAAUAUAAAGAUAGGUAAAUACAUAUUUAAAUUGACCUGGAAACAUUUAAAUUUUUAAACUGAUUACUUAUAGUUGAUGCAAGUCAUUAAAUGGAUCAUUAUUCAUAAAGUUUAAAAACAUUUUUCCAUAACCAAACUUCAAGUUGAUGAGAGAUAUGGAACUGAUUUUACAAAUAAAACACAGACUUUGGACUCAGACUGUACCAAAAGGAAGAGUUAGACAGUCUGAUUAUUCAGGAAGUGUAUAUAAUUCAUUUACUCUGUUACCACAUACACAUGCCAAUAAGUUUGUCAUCAAAUAUAUAUGCCAGUACAUUUAUGGUGGAACCUGAUUUAUAAUCAAAGUAGUGUUGCUUAUAAUAGUGAAACAUUAUCUAAAUAUUUAUAAAGAUUGACUACAGACAAUGUUAUCAUUCUGAAAUUUUAUAACUGAAUGAAAAUUUUAAUGCAUAUUUUUAAGUCAUAUUUAAAAGAAAACGUGUCAUCAAGGGGAAAUAAUCCAGUUACGAGGGAAAUUAUUCUAGAUUUAUAAGCUUUAAAGAAGUAUAUGUGCUUACAGCGUGUACAAAUGCAAUGUAUUUAUUUUGAACUAGUUUUGUAAAUUGUACAAAAAAUCUUGUUACAAUUUACAUGUUUUAUAUACAUCUGUUUCUUAAAUAAAUAUUACACUUGA